AUGGACGGUUCAAGCAUUUUUAUAGAAUGUGGUAGUAGUCAAGAGGAAGAUGUAGAAGUUGAUCACGGUGAUUGUGAUGGUGAUGAUGAUGACUCACUUUGGGUUCCUGAAAUUGGGAUGUGUUUUUCUUGUCUAGAGGAAGUUAAAACAUAUUAUCAAGACCCUACAAAAGCAAGAUUGUUCAAGGCUAACAAGAAAAUGAACUUACAUGUGAGGAGAACAAUCCAAAUCAAUGAUGAUGCGGGAGUAAGGAUCAACAAGACUUUUCAAUCACUUGUUAAAGAUGCAGGAGAACAUGAAAAUAUUCCCUUUUGUGAAAAAGUUGUGAGGAAUUAUAUUAACAAAGAGCGUCGUGCAAUUGGAAAAGAAGGUGAUGGUAAGACUUUGAUUAGUUAUUUUUGUAAAAUGAGGGAACAAAAUACAGAUUUCUUCUAUGACAUAUAUUUGGAUGAUGAUUUUCAUGUGAGGAAUGUAUUUUGGGUUGAUGCAAGAAAUAGAGCCGCUUACGAAUAUUUUGGAGAUGUUGUAACUUUUGACACAACAUACUUAACUAACAAGUAUGACAUGCCUUUUGCUGCAUUCGUGGGUGUGAAUCACCAUAGUCAAUCAACAUUACUUGGUUGUGGAUUACUAUCAGGUGAAGACACAGAUUCUUUCGUGUGGCUAUUUAAGUCAUGGCUUCGUUGUAUGCUAGAAAAAUCACCUUUGGGUAUUGUGACUGAUCAAUAUAAGGCUAUGAAAAAUGCUAUUGAGUUAGUCUUCCCUACAACUCGUCAUAGGCGGUGUUUAUGGCAUAUAAUGAUUUUUUUUCCAGAAAAGCUUAGUGGAUAUGGUGAAUACAAAAGGAUCAAGUAUGAAAUGAAAGAAGCAGUCUAUGAUACAUUUACAACAGCUAGUGUUGAACAAAAAUGGUGUUCGUUCAUAGAAAAAAUUGAUCUCCAAGAAAAUGAUUGGUUGGGUGGGUUGUAUAUUGAGCGUCAUAGGUGGGCACCAACUUUGUUAAGGAAAUAUUUUUGGGCUGGUAUGUCAGCUACGCAAAGUAGUGAGAGCAUACAUGCUUUCUUUGAUGGAUAUAUUACUUCUACAACAAGUCUAAAUCAGUUCGUGAAACAAUAUGAUAAUGCUCUUAGAAGUCGGGCAGAAAAGGAAUUUGAAGCUGAUUUUAAUUCGAUGGAUACAACAAUUCCAUGUGGGUCAAACUCGUCCGUUGAGAAAAAAUUCCAAAGUGAGUUUACGAAUGCAAAAUUCAAGGAAAUUCAAGUGGAAUUCAUAUCUAAAAUGAAUUGUUCUGCCUCAUUAAAUAGCAUGGAAGGUUGCUUUGCUACGUAUCAUGUGUUGGAGGAGAUAUUAGUUGGAGACAUACGCAAAGAGCGGGUCUUAAAAGUUGUGCUUAAUAAGGAAAACCAUGAUUUCAAAUGUGAAUGCUCAUUAUUUGAGUUUAGAGGUAUUGUGUGUCGGCAUGUGUUAUCUGUGUGUAGUCAGGAGAGGAUUAUAAGUCUUCCAGAGAAGUAUGUUUUAACGAGAUGGAAAAAAAACAUUAAAAGGAAGCAUUCAUAUAUCAAGACUAGUUAUGGUGUAACAAAGUUGAAGCCACAAAUGGACAGGUUUGACAAAUUAUACAAGCAUUUUUAUGAGGUUGCUGAAGUAGCUGCUGAGUCAGGAGAGACUACCGAAGACCUCCAUGAAACAUUACAUUUGUUUAGCUCUAAUAUGUCCACAAAGGAUAGUGCACUUAUUGAAGAAAACCUCAAUGAGGAUUUUAAUCCAAUCAAUAGUAAUAGAAGUCGUAGUCCAAAACAUGUCAAGCGCAAAGGUCGUCCUCCAUCUAAAAGAAAAACAUCUGCCGCCGAAACGAUUGCUAAGAGGUCAAGGAAGCGAACAAAAAAAAGUGAUCACAUUGAGCUUACUAUAGUUGGAAAUUGUAUGUCAUUCAUGGAUCUUUUGACAACAUGUGAAACACCUUUGACGUGUUCACCUCAAGUUAUUCAGGUGAGAUAUUCGGGUGGGAUGUUGCAAGAUUGUAAAUUGACUUUUGUAUUAAUCCAAAUUGUAAAUGGUGCAGUAUUGUAA